AUGGCACAUUGGCAGCAGUACAGUGCACCUUCCGUCAUCACCAUACAGACUACUAUGCUGGCUCAAGAAGCCACAUUAAGCCAGCGAGCAGCUCCUUGUGGGCGGGGCACACACAGAAGAGUCACGGAGCUCCCUGACAGUACAUCAGUUAGCAAUCAGCACAUUGAAUCUUGGUGGUCCAGCUUUAGAAAAUUAAGGGAUCAGUUCUGGAUAGAACUGUUUGGGGAUCUCAGGAAUGAAGGUCACUUCAUUGGUAGCAUCGAACAUCAGUGCCUGCUUCAGUUCUGCUUUCAAAAUUUUCCGCAAGAGGCCUUGGAUGAAUUUGUAGAACUCUGGAAUAAGCACAGGAUUAGGUCCUCCAGACUUGCAAUGUGUCCUGGAGGUAUACCAAAUGAACUCUAUCAUCUACCACACAGGUCAGGAUCAAGGGACUGUGGCUUUGCAGUUGAGGAAAUCAUGUUAUCUGCUUUUCCUGAAUCAAGGCUGACACCUCAGUUAUGUGGCGAUAAAAACAUUCAGGAAUAUCUAGAGUUUGCAAUGCAACAUACUCGAUUACAGUGGCCAGAGAACUGUGACGAAGCAUUACAACUUUAUUUCACAUUAAAGGAAAGAACUGGUCUUUGAACAUCAAUUUUAUUAAAAAAAAAAAAAAAAAAAAAAAAAAAAACAUAUAGGAACCAGAGUACAACCUAAGAACAACUAAGAAAAACACUAUGGUGUCAAUUUCACAUCAUGAAUA